UCUCUGCGUGCCUGUUUCCUUUCCGUGCUUGCACCACUCACAAUCAGAUGGGUGUGCAGUGAGGCAGCCGGCGUAGCUGAGACCUCAAUCCUGCCCUGGGAGCGUAGGCAAACAUGGCCCUGCAAUGGAUGUUUCUCCUGCUCCUCACACCUCUGCUGGCAGCACACAAUCGUGAUAAGCCCUCUCCCAACACUUUUGGAAAACUCUCGGAGAAAGGAAAAUGUAAAGCUCCCUCUGACUGGGACUCCAGACUGCGGUUUUAUCCGAAGAGGAUCAGCUAUGACUUGAACGAAGUGGUGCAGCUCAACUGUACUGGGAGGUUUUUGCCAUCUGUACCACAGAUUCAGUGCAUUUCCAGAGGGGCACAGGCCAUGUGGAAUGAGACUGCCACCUGCAAAGAGACAUGCCAGCAGCCCCAGUGGGACUCACAGCUCCAGUUUAGCCCAAACCAGAAUUUUUACAGGGUCGGUGAAGAGGUGACACUGAGCUGCUUUCUGAACAGCACUCCUCCCCUUGCUGUGAUCAGAUGUGCAAACAGGAUUCCUCCAAAACAGAGCAAUGCCUGGGAGGUGUUGGCAAUUGGGGGAACAUGGCACAGGUUGGCACAGAAGCUGACCUGCACCAUGGCAAAAUGCCCAAAACCUCAAUGGGAUGCACAACUUCAGUUUUCAGAGAGCAAAACCAAAUACCCGCAGAAUACAGAACUGACACUGACUUGUCCCAAAGGGCUUGAGCCCUCCUUCCCCAAGGUCAAAUGUACAAAAGAAUUUCAGAGAGUGAGUUCUGGAAAACCAGAUUAUGUGGAUGCCUGGUGGGGCAGGAACAGCAGAGGUGCCUGGACACGCAUUGAGAGGGAUGUCCUGUGUACGGAAAUGUGCCAAAGGCCUCCAUGGGACUCCAGACUGCAACUGGUACCAGACCAGGAAAACUAUGGGAAGAAGGAGAAAGUGAAGCUGAGCUGCCCUGGAGGUCUCCAGCCAACCUACACUGAAAUCAAAUGUCAGACUGGAUUUCAAGACUAUGAUGAUGAUGUCACACAAUAUUCUGUGCAAAAAGAAUUUUGGCAUGCGAGAGACUCCACAGGUGCCUGGGUCCCCAUUCAGUCCAGUGUGAAGUGCAUUGAAGUCCUCCAGGUUGACCCUGAGACUUUUGAGAUUUCCAGCACCAGCAUCAAACUGAAGUGGACCUGCAGGUUCCCAGAUGCCUGCCAGGGCAUGAGGGCCAUGUGCCGGCUGGCAGUGCCUUCCUCCCCUCCCUGUGAGGCUGAGGAGGUGAAAGGAGAGCAGAUGUUACAUGGCCAGGAGGGAACAUUCACCUGCUCCCCUUUGCAGCCCUUCACUGAGUACCGUGUCUCCAUCGAUUUGCCCCCCAACACAACCCUUUUCUCAUGGUUGUUCACGACAGAGCAAACAGUGCCGGACAAACCGGAGCAGCUGUGGCUGGAUCCCGACAGGGGCUCUCUCAGGUGGAACUCGCUGUCCUCCUGCAAAGGGGAGAUCAUCGGAUACCAGGUACCAAGGGGCCAGGGCAGACCCUCUGCCCGUGCCUGGAGCUCUGUGCAGGCACACUGGGAAGGGUGGAAAGGGACAGCUGGGAUGACCUUACCUAUAUGA